AUGGGGAGCAAAGGUGGUGGCCUCUUCCGCUAUGCCGAUGGGAUAGACAAACUGCUGUUGCUGUUUGGAACUUUAGGUAGCAUUGGAGAUGGGAUGAUGUCCCCUGUCAACAUGUACAUUCUCAGCGGUGCGCUAAACGAUUAUGGAGCUUCCGAUCAAUCUUUCUCCAAUGAAACAGCGGACAAGUAUGCGCUUAGGCUACUUUAUUCUGCAAUUGGGGUGGGAAUAUCUGCUUUCAUUGAGGGAGUUUGUUGGACAAGAAGUGCUGAGAGGCAGGCAUCUCGCAUGAGAAUGGAAUACCUAAAGGCAGUUCUCAAGCAAGACGUUGGUUUCUUCGACAACCAAACGGCCUCUUCCUCUACAUUCCAGGUCAUCUCCACUGUCACUUCUGAUGCGCAUUCAAUCCAAGAUACCAUAGCUGACAAGAUACCAAACUGCCUGGCUCACCUGACAUCAUUCAUCUUAAGCCUUGUGGUUGCCUUCAAACUUUCCUGGCGAGUAACAUUGGCUGCUUUGCCAUUCGCGCUAAUGUUCAUAAUCCCAGGACUUGGAUUUGGUAAGGUACUGAUGAACAUAGGAGCAGAGAUGAAGGCUGCUUAUGGUAAUGCUGGUGGGAUUGCAGAGCAAGCAAUCUCCUCGAUCAGAACCGUAUAUUCAUAUGUUGCAGAGCAACAAACGCUAGACAAGUUUAGCGAUGCACUUCAAAAAAGUAUGGAGAUAGGGAUGAAGCAGGGUUUCACAAAAGGAUUGCUGAUUGGAAGCAUGGGAAUGAUUUAUGCAGCUUGGGCUUUUCAAGCCUGGGUUGGCGGUGUUCUUGUAACUGAAAAAGGAGAAAGCGGUGGCGCUGUCUUCGUAGCUGGGAUCUGUAUCAUCUUAGGAGGAUUGGCUGUUAUGAGUGCACUUCCAAAUCUCUCUUUCAUCUCAGAGGCAAGACAUGCUGCCUCAAAAAUUUUCGAGAUGAUUGAUCGCAAUCCAAUUAUAAACUCCGAAAUUGAAAAGGCAAAAGUUCUAUCACAUGUGAGAGGAUUAGUUGAAUUUAAAGAUGUAGACUUCAGUUAUCCAUCGAGGCCUGAUGCCCUUAUUCUCCACAAAUUCAAUCUUAAAGUGCAAGCUGGAAAGAUGGUAGGUCUUGUUGGAGGCAGUGGUUCUGGCAAGUCCACAGUCAUUUCUCUGCUUGAAAGAUUUUAUGACCCUAUCAAUGGAGAUAUUAUCCUCGAUGGAUGCAAAAUAAAGAAGCUCCAGCUUAAAUGGUUGCGCUCCCAAAUGGGACUCGUUAAUCAAGAGCCUAUUCUCUUUGCAACAUCUAUAAAAGAAAACAUUCUCUUCGGUAAGGAAGGAGCAUCAAUGGAACUUGUAAUAAGGGCAGCAAAGGCCGCUAAUGCACAUGACUUCAUUGUAAAGUUGCCUAACGGAUAUGAAACUCAAGUAGGACAAUUUGGGGUGCAACUGUCAGGAGGGCAAAAGCAAAGGGUCGCCAUAGCCAGGGCUUUGAUCAGAGAUCCAAAGAUUCUUCUGCUAGAUGAAGCCACGAGUGCGUUGGAUGCACAAUCUGAAAAGAUAGUACAGGAAGCCCUGGAUCAUGCCUCACAAGGAAGGACUACAAUUGUUGUUGCACAUCGUCUGUCUACAAUCCGUAAAGCAGACUUGAUAGCGGUUCUCCAAUCAGGAAGAGUUAUUGAAUCAGGUUCUCACGAUGAACUUAUCCAAAUGAACAAUGGAGAAGGUGGGGCCUAUAAGAAGAUGGUGCAAUUGCAGCAAACGCCAAUGCAAAAUGAAGCCUCUGAUGGUUUCUAUUAUCCAACAGAAGGUAGAAACAACCUUAGGAUGAUGAGUGGCCAAACUCCGCAGACUCCAGUAAGUGUGAGAUCUAGCUAUCCCAGCAGCCCAGCGUACCCUCUCAGCCCAGCAAAUGCUUUUAGCCCAGCAUUUUCCAUCACUGUGGCAAGCUCUGUCCAGAUGCAUUCCUAUGAAAAUCAAAGUGAGAACAACGUAAAGAAUUCUUCUCACCCUCCCUUCUCUGGAUGGCGUUUGCUUCAGAUGAAUGCACCUGAGUGGAAGAGAACCUUAAUUGGGUGUUUUGGAGCUGUUAGCACCGGAGCAAUUCAGCCAACCUAUGCCUAUUGCUUAGGAACAGUUGUCUCCGUUUAUUUUAUAAAAGAUAGUUCCAAGAUCAAAUCAGAAAUCAGAUUCUACUGCUUGAUUUUCUUAGGACUGGCAGUUCUAAGUUUCAUCGCUAAUCUCCUCCAACAUUACAAUUUUGCAAUCAUGGGAGAACGCUUAGUCAAAAGGGUUCGAGAACAAACACUUGCAAAAGUGCUUACCUUUGAGAUUGGGUGGUUUGAUCAAGAUGAAAACUCAAGUGCUGCCAUUUGUGCACGGUUAUCUACUGAAGCCAGCACAUUUCGAUCAUUUAUUGCAGAUCGUAUGUCAUUACUAGUUCAAGUUUUCUUUAGCGCUUCCCUAGCCUUUUUGUUUGCAUUGAUUGUUACAUGGAGGGUAGCCAUUGUUCUGAUUGCCAUUCAGCCAUUACUUAUUGGGAGCUUCUAUUCUAGGAGUGUUCUAAUGAAAAGUAUGUCUCGAAAAGCUCAAAAAUCACAAAAUGAGGGAAGCCAGUUAGCAAGUGAAGCUAUAGUUAACCACAGGACUAUCACUGCAUUUUCCUCUCAGAAAAGGAUAUUGCGUCUCUAUGGAGCAACAAUGAGAGGGCCCCAGCAGCAGAGCAUCAAACAAGGAUACAUUUCUGGUUUUGGUUUGUUUAGCUCCCAAUUUUUGACAACAGCCUCUAUAGCACUGACCUUCUGGCAUGGGGGAAGACUAAUAAAUCAAGGACUAGUGACGCCGAAGCAUCUCUUCCAAGCAUUCUUUAUAUUGAUGAGCACUGGUAAAAACAUUGCAGACACAGGAAGCAUGACUUCUGAUUUAGCUAAAGGUGGUGGUGCCAUAAAAAGAAUAUUUGCAAUUCUGGAUAGGAGGAGUGAGAUUGAACCUGAAGACCUCAAAGGAAUUGAAGUUCAGCAAACUAAUAAGGGGCAGAUUGAAUUGAAGGAUGUAUUCUUUUCUUACCCAGCAAGGCCGACCGAAAUGAUCUUCACAGGCCUGAGUCUGAAAAUUGAAGCAGGAAAAACAAUGGCACUCGUGGGACAAAGUGGAUCAGGCAAAUCCACUAUAAUUGGGUUGAUUGAAAGAUUUUAUGAUCCGCAAAGUGGAUCCGUCUUGAUAGAUGAAUAUGAUAUCAAGAGAUACAACUUGAGAAAUUUGAGGUCACAUAUAGCAUUAGUGAGUCAAGAGCCCACCCUUUUUGCAGGAACUAUCCGUCAGAACAUUGCCUAUGGCAAAGAGAAAGUUUCAGAAGCUGAAGUCAGGAAGGCUGCUAUCAUAGCCAAUGCUCAUGAAUUUAUAAGUUCUAUGAAAGAUGGCUAUGACACUUACUGUGGUGAAAGAGGAGUUCAGCUAUCGGGAGGCCAGAAGCAAAGGAUUGCACUGGCUCGAGCCAUACUAAAGAACCCAAUGAUCCUUCUCCUAGACGAGGCAACCAGUGCCCUUGACAGCGAGUCAGACAGCCUAGUCCAGAAAGCACUAGAGAAGAUGAUGGUUAGAAGAACUUGCGUAGUUAUAGCUCACCAAUUGUUCACCAUACGAAAGGCAGAUUCCAUAGCCGUGAUAAAGAAUGGGAAGGUAGUAGAACAAGGAUCGCAUUCCAGGCUCCUAUCUAUUGGUCGGGCUGGGGCUUACUACUCUCUAAUCAAGCUACAAAGUGGCCAAUCCCCUUACAGGUGA